UGAAUUUCGUAGUAGCAGCCAUAGAAAUCCGCCCACCAUCUCAGACUCAGAGCCUACCAAGCACACCACAUAAAAUCCUCUCCUCUUAGUUACGGAUCCGACCGUCUCUCAUACCUCUCUUCUCAAAGAAUCUUUUCUCCGUUGCCUAGAGCUAGAGUCCUAUUGAGAAGUGAAGAUGGAAGCAGCUACAGCAGCUGUUGUUCGAUCUCCCAUUGGGAUGUAUAAACCUUCGAGUUCUGUUCGGGGAUCAUUGUUUCUCGCCGCCAAUGGUCCUGAUUUUGUUCGUUUUUCUACCAAAUAUCACUUCCCAGCUAAUAAGCAUUGUACUUCAGUUUCAUAUGGAAAAUCAGGGCAUAGAAGAGUGGGUUUUGGAAGGAGGAGAUGUGCAAUAGUGAGAGCGUCAUCAUCGUCACCGGCUUCAGAUUCUUCUGGCUCAUUAGCUCCAAUAGCACCGCUUCAGUUGGAGUCUCCCAUUGGGCAGUUCUUGUCUCAAAUCUUGAUGAGUCAUCCACAUCUUGUGCCAGCAGCAGUUGAACAACAGCUUGAACAACUUCAAACUGACCGUGAUGCGGAUAAAGAGAAGGAAGAGCCUUCUGUUACUGGCACUGACUUAGUAUUGUAUAGGAGAAUCGCUGAGGUGAAGGCUAAUGAAAGGAGAAAAGCUCUCGAAGAGAUAUUGUAUGCCUUGAUUGUACAGAAAUUUAUGGAUGCUAAUGUUUCACUGAUACCCACAAUGGCCCCUUCUUCCGCUGACCCAUCUGGUCAAGUGGAUAGGUGGCCGAGUCAAGAUGAGAAGCUUGAGCAACUUCACUCUCCUGAAGCAUAUGAGAUGAUUCAGAACCACCUAGCUCUCAUUUUGGGAAACAAGAUAGCAGAUUCAACUACGGUAGCACAGAUAAGCAAAUUAAGGGUUGGACAGGUCUAUGCAGCAUCUGUGAUGUAUGGAUAUUUCCUCAAGCGCGUUGAUCAGAGGUUUCAGCUUGAGAAGACAAUGAAAAUCCUUCCUAAUUUAGUGGAUGAGGGAGAUAGUAAUGUUCAAGAAGCUGCGAGGCAGGAUAUGAAAUCUAGUGGAGGGGAAGAUGCCUUUCAAACUGUGUCAUCCCACCCAGAAGCCUGGUCUGGUGGUAUCAUCAGUCCAGGGGGAUUUGGUGAUGGCAUAAAGUCCACCAGACUUCGGAGUUAUGUGAUGUCCUUAGAUGGAGAGACACUUCAAAGAUAUGCUACAAUAAGAUCCAAGGAGGCAGUUAGUAUCAUUGAGAAGCACACAGAGGCCUUGUUUGGAAGACCAGAAAUUGUCAUUACUCCUCAAGGGACCGUUGAUUCUUCCAAGGAUGAACUUAUCAAGCUCAGCUUUGGUGGUUUGAGGAGACUUGUUUUGGAGGCUGUGACUUUUGGUUCUUUCCUUUGGGAUGUUGAGAGUUAUGUGGAUUCGAGGAACCAUUUUGUUAUGAACUGAGUAAUGGUUGCAUGGAAUCCUGAUAAAGCAAAUUGGUGGCUAAUGUACUACUAACCGAAUUUAAAUGUCUUAAUUGAGUAAAUUUGGUGGUAACAUUCUAGUUAUUGUACUGAUAUUUCUGUACAUAGCUUUGAUACUGAAAUAUCUUGUUUUCAUUUGCACUCUGAGAUGGAGCUAUAUGAAAAUUCAUUUUACUACUUGAA